AUGCUGGCUGAGGUCUUAGCAGUAUUACAAGGGCUAGAGAGAGACAUUAAUGAGACCAACGAGGAGACAGCAGCUGCUGCUGCUGCUGCAGCUCCUGCUGCAGCAACCGGGGCAGCAGCCAGAAGGGGGGGGCCCCUGGGGGGCCCCCCAUUCUUAGUACAGCGAUCUAGGGGCCCCUCCUUGCAGUCUUUUAGCUCUGUCUCGAGCGUUGUCUCUGCCUGGGGGGCCUCGGGGGGCCCCCAGAGGGAUGGGGGGCCCCCCAGCGAGGUGUCUCCUUCGGCUGAAAAGAAUAUAGCAAUGGUGCAUGCGCUGCUUGUCUCCACCUUAGAGCCCCAAGUACAGCAAAUAUUAAACAAACUACGCGAGCAGCAAAAAACAACAGCAAGUCUCCUUGCUAAGAUAGACAAGCAAAGAAAAGAAGAGCAGAGACAGAUGGAGACAGUAGAGGACAUGCAGCGGGAGCUUAAUAAACAGAAGGAAGAGCUGCAGCAGCAGCGGCCUUUGCUGCGCGAGUUGGAGACAGUCAGGGAGGAGAACUUCUCUCUGCAGAGAGAAGUGGAGCGUCUGCAGCAGCAGAUUGAAGCUGCUAGCAAGCACCAGCAAGCGAAGGCUGCAGAGACACCCCGUCAUCCCCUGUCUCUGCAGGAGAAAGGAGACAGCAGCAGCAGGAGCAGCAGCAGCAGCAAAAUGUCUGUCUCUCUUCUCUUCUCACAGCCAACCGCAGACCUGCAGACGCAGCCCACAGAAAACAUCUAUCUACUGGAAGAGAGAAAAGAGUUAGAGAGAGAACUGCAGAAAAAAACAAAAGAACUGCAGCGGCAGCAGACAAGGUGCGAGCAGCGAGAAGAAGUAAUAAAAGGGCUGCAAGAAGCUGUACGAGUGCUGCAGCAGGAGAGGCCUGCUGCUGCUGCUGCGGUGUCUCUGCAGCACUACGGCAGCAUCCCUACCUGUCUCUCCCCACAUUCAAAUAAAGCUGAUGUUUCUCUAUCGAAGCAAUUUCGUACUGCUGCAACUCUAUACACCAGAGCGAGGAGACAUCAAGAGACACCCCAGCAGCAGCUAAUAGACAGGCACGAUAGCCUUGCUGCAGAGCUCGCACAAGAAACCACGCAUCAGCAGCAGCAACAACAGCAGCAGCAGCAACAGCAGCAACAGCAGCAACAGCAGCAACAGCAGCAACAGCAGCAGCAGCAGCUUCAGGAGCAGCUGCAACAGCGGGAAGAACAGCUGCAGAUGCUCAGGGAAGAACUUGCUGCAGCAGAAGACAGAGCAGCAAAGAAGACAGAGGCGAUGCAGCAGCUAAGCGAGCAGCUGCUGGAGCUGAAGCCUCUUCAGCAGAAGCUUAAGGAAGCAGAAGCAGCAGCAGCAGCAGCUUCUGCAGCAGCAGCAGCAGCUUCUGCAGCAGCAGCAGCAGCAGAAAACCAGAGACUCGCGGAAGCAGCAACUACGCAGCAGCUGCAGCGCGAACGCGACACCCUGCUGCAACAGCAGCAGCAGGCUGCUGCAGAGGCCUCAUCAGAGACACAAAAAUUAAAGACAGAAUUAAAAGACAAAGAAGAUAUUAUAGAGGAAAUGAAUGAGAAGUGCAAGGCUGCUGCUGCUGCACAAGAAACGCUGCAGCAGCAACUCGGCGCCCAAACGGCUCAACUGCAGCAACAGCAGCAGCAACAGCAACAGCUCGAACAGCAAAACAAGGAGCUGCUGCAGCAGGCAGAUAAGAAGCAGAUGCUGCUGCAGCAACUCGAAGAGCAGCGCCAGCUGCUUCACCAGCAGUUGGAGCAGCAGCAGAGACAGCAGCAGCAGCUGCAGACGCAGUCGCAGCAGCAGCAGCAGCAGCAAGACCUGCAGCUGCAGGCGCUGCAGCAGCAGCUUGUUGAAGAGAAGAAACGAUUAGAGGAGACACUUGGGCAGCUGCACGAAGCCGCGCAGCAGCUGCAGCAGACAGAGGAGGACCGAAGGAGACAGGAGACAGCUCUGAGCAAGCUGCGGUCAGAGCUGCAGCAGACGGAAGAAGGCGCAGCAGCAGAACGCGCAGCAGCAGCAGCAGCAACAGCAGCAGCAGCAGCAAGCAGCAAACGCGUAGAGGAGCUAGAGAGCUCUCUGCUGUCUCUUCAGACACGUGAGGCCCAACUCCAGGUGUCUCUACAGGAGACAGUACAGAGACACAGCGAGGAGACAGCAGAAAGACAAGCAGCUGUUGGUGCGAUGCAGAGGCAGCUGGAGGAGCAGCAGCAACUCGUCAAGGCCCUUCAAGCAGCAGCAGAAGAGGCAAAGCAGCAGCAGCAGCAGCAGCAAUCGACGGCGUCUGCGGGUGUGUCUGAGCAAGAGGUGGCGGAGUUGCAGCAGCAAGUGCAGCAGCUGCAGCAGCAGGUGCAGCAGCAGCAGCAAGAGUUGCAACAGCAGCAGCAGCAGAUGCAACAGCAACUGCAGCAGCAGCAGCAGGAGAUGCAAGCAGCCCUAGACAAAGCAGAGAAGAGACUCAGCCUUCAGAAGCAAGCGAGGAGAGAAGCAGAGACAAAAAACCUCGCCCUAGAGAAGAAGCUGCAGCAGCGGAAGCAGCAGCUGCAGACGCUGCUGGAGCUGCACGAGGAGACGGCAAUGGAGAGGGAGGAAGUGCUGAGUCGGGGAGCGGAGACAAUCCGCAGGGCUGAAGGAGACUGUCUGCAGCUGUGCCGCUAUGUACUGAGCAACAAGGAGACACUUUUGGGUGUAUCUGCAGCUGCAGCAGCAGCAGCAGCAGCAACAGGAGACGCCGUCUCCCCUGUCCCCCCACUGCGUCUGUCUCCCUUCGGCUGCAAAGCCCUCAGGCCUGUCCCCAUGUACCGGUGCGUUGGGGUCUCCUCAGCUGCAGCAGCAGCAGCAGCAGCAGCAGACAGCAGCAGCAGCAACGUGCAGCAGCUUGCCCAUGCCCCGGUGGCUAUGAGUCUUCAAGACUUAGCGCCAGGGAAGGGGCCCCAGCGGAGCGGAAGCCGCAGCAGCAGCAGCAGCGGGAGCAGCAGCAGCAGAGACAUUUUUGAUAUGCUUCCGAGCUUCCCUGAGGCUUUGUCUCUUGUGCAGCAGCUAGGUAGAAGAUGGGUAGGGGGUGAGAAAGCUGCUGCUGAGGAGACAGCAGGGGCUUCAUAUAAUCCUUUUGCUGCUAGCGGUAGGGAGGCCUCGAGGCAUACACAGCAAGCGUCUUCUGUCUCUAGUGCUGUCUCUUCACCUCUGCUGUCUCCUCACGAGCGGAGACAGUGCAAACCCCACAAAGGAGACAGUAAGAGACACCAGGCGUUCAAUCAAGAGACACCCUCCUUAGCUAACUCCGUCGAGACUAUCCCUAGCACUGCUAGCUUCAACACAGACACCUCUAGAGAUAUACUUCUCUUCCACCAGCAGCACCACGACCACCACCAGCAGCAGCAGCAGCAGCAGCACGAGCAGCAGCAGCAGCAGCACGACCAGCAGCAGCAGCAGCAGCAGCAGCAGCAGCAGCAGCAGCAAGGCGGGGAGGGAGGUGUGGGGCCCGCUGAGGGCGGGCAGGAGAAAGCCAGGCCCAAGAGGAUUCAUAGGAGACACUUAGGGCAUCAAUACAUCGAUGUUGAGGGGAGAACCUUCCGCGCUUACUUGCAUGCAAAUGAAAAAUAA